AUGGGUUUGGAUGGCAAGAAUUUGACGAAUUUUACACAAAGUUUUAGUGAAGGUUGGUUUUGUGGAUUUUUAAUGAAAAAAUUAUGGAAUUUUGUAUGAAUUUUGAACUAGAAAAAUUUUGAAACAGUAAUUUUUUGAAAAUUAAAAAUUAGGGAAAAAUUAUCCUAACAAGUCAGUCAAAAAACCCACAUCCUUGAUUUUUCAAAAUCAAAUUAAUUAUGAAAUUUUUGAAACAGUGAAUAUUUAUUUUUAUUUUUUUUUUAAUAACACAAUUUUUAUCUCAGUUUUCUAUCUUUUUUAUUUAGGCCCAAAAAACCUGUGACGUGGCAAAUUAGAAAACAUUUUGUUCCAAAAUUUUUUUGUUUUUUUUGUGUUAACAAUAAGAUAGUUCCACUUUUGUUUGUUUUAGAAAGUUUUUUUCCCGCCGAAAAAUAAUAUUUUUCGGGGAAAAAUAUCGAUCUGAAAAUUUAUUUUUCACUAAUUUUUAUAAUUUCCAUAGUAACCCUGAUUUUCUGCUUAUUUCAUUUUUCACAUAUUUUUCACAUCAAAAAUCUAUGUACACUAAUCCGUUUUUCGUGAAAAAUACGGGGAAAUUCUACUCGUUUUUGCAUGUUUACACACUCUUUGUUGGUGAAAAACACAAAGUUUAUGUAUACAUGCAAAAAUAUUGAUUUUUUGAAAAUAUAUGUGAUUGAAAUUCAAAUUUUUCCAUGAAUUUUCCAUUAAUUUUUAAAUGUUGAAAAACAAUAUUUUUUGAAGUUACAGCUGAAAAUUUCAGAAAAAAAUCUGAAAAAUAAAAAAUAGUGCAAAAAGAUAAUCUCGCUUAUCUCAUCCCAAAAUAAAGAAAAAUGCUCAAUUUAUCGAUUUUUUGCACCAACAAAUUGUGCUCUUUUUGUCUUUUCUUAUCAAUCAAAGAAAAAAAUUCGCCCUUUUCCCCACUUUUUUCGACCUAAGUCUAAUUUAUUAUUAAUUUACUCGAAAUUUUUCGCUGAAGUGAGUUGGAAACCCCAAAAAUGCACAUUUUUGCACCAAAAAAUGUACAUUGAUAAGAAAAUUUUUCGAAAAAUCGCACGAUUUUUUGUACUUUUUGUUUUUUGACGUGACCUUUAUUGAGACGAGAAAAAAAGAGAAAAAAAUUGAGGAAAAAAAGUAUUUCUAGAAUUUUUGGAUGUUCAAAAAGGUUGGUUAGGUGAAGUUUUCCGCUGAAAAUCAGGGUAGACUUGAUUUUCAGCACAAAAUUUCAGGCAGUAAAUGGGAAAUAUUUUUCUGGGGUUGAUUUUCAGCGAUUUUCAUGAGUUUCAGCCAGGAAACUGAAAAUAUUUUUUCUGGACUGAAAUUUAGCGCUGAAAGUCAUGAUAAUCGUAAUUUUCAGUGAUUUGGGAGGAUUUCAGGAGUUUCAGCACUAAAUUUCAGCUAGGAAAUAUAGAAUAUAUUUCUGGGCUGAAAUUUUGCGCUAGAAAUCUUGAUUUUCAGUAAUUUUCCGAGUUUCAGCACACAAAACUUCACUAGAAAUAUAUUUUUCUGGACUGAAAUUUUGCUCUGAAAAUCACUGAACCAGUGAAAAUAGCUGGAAACUGAGCGUUUCAUGAUUUUCAGCACAGCAUUCCAGCCAGGAUUGUUUGAAAAGCUGGAAAAGCCCAGAAAAAUCAUAUUUCCGCGUAAAAUCUUGAAAAUUGAUGAAAAUCUCGAAUUUCCACACUUCCAGACCCGAAUUUCAUGCUGAAAACCAAGAAUUUUCAGCUCUGGCGUCGUCAUCAGCAACAUCUCGAUUAAUCGGUGCGGCUGCCGCUGCAUCGUCAGCCUCAACUUCAUCUCAAUCAGCUUCAACAUCUUCCACGUGGUUUUUCCUCGUCCACCCGCCCAAAUUAUUGAUUGCCGAAACGCGUCGAAUGGCGGCCGAAAUCGAUCUCGUCACACUUUUCGCCCUCAUCGGAUUGAUUUUUGUGAUUUGUUUGUAUUUGAUACAUCUAAUCGCCUUGUUGUAUGGAAAACAUCGAUUGCAUCGAAAAGUGAAACCGAAUUCGAAUUUGCCCGGUGUUUCGAUUAUUAAACCGAUUGUUGGAGCUGAUGAGAAUUUGAGAGAGAAUUUGGAGACGUUUUUUGUUGCUGAUUAUCAUAAGGUACGGGGGAAAUUGCUUGAAAAUUGCUGUUUUCAACGAUUUUCAGCAUGAUUGUUGAGUCUAGAAAUUGGCCGAUAUCAAGUUUUGGGGCUAAAAUUUCUCUAAAAAGAGAAAAUCCGACUGAAAAUCCUGUUUCCUACGACUUUCAAGCUAUUUCGCUGAAAUUUUGUGCUGGUGCUCGUGAAAUUACUGAAAAUCACCGAAAAAUCCGAUUUUCAUAAUUUUCAGCACAAAAUUUGGUUUUGAGUAGACUCAUUUUUCUUGCUGAAAAUCGUGAAAACUCGAUUUUCAGUAGUUUUUCGAGUUCCAGCAUGACAUUUCAGCUUGGAUCAACUCGGGCCUAGGCUCGAAUUCUCCUCUGAAUAUCAUGGAAACCUUGAUUUUCACUAUUUUUUGAGUUCCAGCGCGAAAUUUCAGCUAGGAAUUUGAAAAACAAACCAGGCUUAGCUCAAAUCAGUGAUUUUCAAGCUGAAAUCACAUCGGAUCAAUUUUCAGCACACAAUUUCAGCUUGGGACGGGCUAAACCUAGUGAGAUACAUUUUUCGCGCCGAAAUUUUGGUCUCACCACGAAACUUUUGAAUUAGCCAAUUUCUAGACUCAAUUUUUGUGCUGAAAAUCAUGGAAACCCUAAUUUUCAGCGAUUUUCACUUUUUUUUUGGUUUCAGCGAGAAAUUUCAGCUUGAAUCGACUAGAAUCAAGCCUAACUUCGAAUUAUCCUCUCGAAAAUCAUAAAAACCUUGAUUUUCAGUGGUUUUUUGAGUUCCAGCGCGAAAUUUCAGCUAGGAAUUUGAAAAUUCUAUGAUUUUCAAUUUAAAGAUCAAUUUUCAGUACGAAAUUCUGUUCUGCUUUCACAAUCAAACCGACCCAGCAGUGAAAAUCGUCAAAUCUCUCAUCGAAAAAUACCCAAAAAUCGAUGCCCGCCUAUUUUUCGGCGGCGAAAAAGUGGGUCUCAACCCGAAAAUCAACAAUAUGAUGCCAGCCUAUCGAUCUGCUAAAUAUCCACUUAUUCUAAUUAGUGAUAGUGCGAUUUUCAUGCGACAAGACGCGAUUUUGGAUAUGGUUCAAACUAUGGUAUCACACGAGAAGAUGGCGAUAGUUACACAAACUCCAUACUGCAAAAAUCGGCCUGGUUUAGCCGCGGCUUUUGAGCAAAUCUAUUUCGGCACAUUUCACGCAAGGAUUUAUCUCGCGGGAAAUUGUAUGGAAUUUGUUUGCUCUACAGGAAUGUCGUCGAUGAUGCGGAAAGACGCGUUGGAUGAAUGCGGCGGAAUUGCGGCUUUCGGCGGAUAUCUCGCCGAAGAUUUCUUUUUCGGCAAAGAAUUGGCGAAUCGCGGAUGGAAAUCGGCGAUCUCUGUCAAUCCGGCACUUCAAAAUGCGGCCAACCCGAAGAUUUCGACAUUUUUGGAGAGAAUUUGUCGAUGGGUCAAAUUGCGAAUCGCAAUGUUGCCGCAUAUUAUUCUGGUAGAACCGCUUCAGGAUUGCUUCCCGGCUGGAAUUAUUAUUGCGACUUGCGCCAACUUUUUGAUGGGAUACAAUCCGGUUUUGAUUUUUGCGGCGCAUGUUUGCGUUUUGGGUGACGGUGGAUUUUUUAUUGAUGCAUACAAUGCAGGUUGGUGAAAAAAUCAUGUUUUCUUGUUUUUGGCUCAAAAUUUGAGCAUGAAAUCUUCAAAUUAUGCCUCACAAACUUUCAGCUUCAGAAAUUAAAGCUCAAAUUUUGAAAAUAGAGCAAAUCAGAGCUCAUAAUUUUGAUAAAAUAAAGUUUUAUCAAAAUUUUGAGCUCUGACUUGUUCUUUCUUGAAAAUUUGAGCUUUAAUUUCUGAAGCGGAAAGUUUGUGAGACAUAAUCAAAAUUUAGACCAAAAUGUGAUUUUUAAACAUGAUAUCAAGUUUUCUCUUGAAAAUUUAUGGAAUUUAAAUAGAACAGCAUAAUUUUCACCAAAAAUUGUCAAUUUUCAAGCUCUAAAGCCAUUUAGAGUCAAAAAUCCCGAAUUUCUGACCUGAAAAAGUAAUUUUAUCACUUUUCUAGAGUUUUGGAUGAUUUCAAAUGAUAUUUUUGACCCUAAAUACCCCUAAACCUUGAAGUUUGACUAUUUUUGGUAAAAAAUUCGAUGUUGUAUCUAAAUUCUAUUAAUUUUCAAGAGAAAACUUGAAAUCAUGCCCUAAUUUUGAGCAAUUAAACAAUUUUAUCAAAAUUUUAAGCUCUGACUUUGCUCUUUCUUCAAAAGUUCAGUUUUAAUUUUUGAGGCAGAAAAUUUGUGAGUCAUAAUCUGAAUUUUUGAGCUUUUAUCCGAUUUUCUACCCGAAAAUCGGAUUUUCGGAUUUGUGACUAAUAAAAUUUUGCGCUCAACCAACAUCAUAGUUCAAAUCACCUUUUUCCCCAUCUAGAAUAUAUAAUUAAUUAGUUAGCACAAAAAAGAAAGCUAUGACGUCAUAGAAACACCAAUUUUUUCUUACAGAACGGUGA